GUGACGACACGGAGGCUCCAUCCAUGUUGUUGAUAGAUGCAGUUAGCCUGUGAGAGGUGAAAUGAUAUCUUACUGAGAGUUUUCUGACAUUGUUGGAACAUCUUGAGGUCAUGAUGAGUUCUCCGGAGGACAGACACGGAACCAAAAGACCCGCCUCUCCUGCUGACGACGGGUCCACACAGUGGGCGUCAGCUGAUCUGGGAAGCAACGAGAGGAAGCAGAAGUUUUUACGUUUGAUGGGAGCUGGAAAGAAGGAACACACUGGGCGUCUCGUCAUCGGAGACCACAAGUCCACUUCCCACUUCCGCACUGGACAGGAAGAUAAGAAGAUGAACGAGCAGCUGGAGCAGCAGUACCAGCAGAGCAUGGACGGGAAGCUGUCGGGACGGAACCGGAGACACUGUGGGCUGGGUUUCAGUGAGCCUGAGCCACAGUCUUGUCCGUCCCCACCUGUGGACAAUCAGACAAAAGCAAUAGAGUCAGACAAGUCCACCAAUGAGAAAGAGCCCACAGACGCCCAGGACGCAGGCAGAGACCCCGCCCCAAAGGAACAGACCUCAGAUCAGGCCGACAGCAGCUCACACAGCGAGGACGAAGAACGGAAACACAACUUCAAAAUGACCUUUGUGAAGUCAGUGUAGAGCUGAGGGGGGUGGGGUGGGGGGGGGGGCAGGGGGGUGGGACGAGUUUUUGUAAUCUCAAAUUUGUACAUUUGAUUUGUUGAACUGUCGGCGAUCAUUUUGUCUCCACACAAACACUCAUCCUCAUCAUCCUCAUCCUCAUCAUGGAGCGACAGCCUGGUCUUAUGUCGUCAGAGAAUAAAAAGUUUCUGUUUGAGUUGUGUCAGCAAAGUCUAGAAGCGUCUGGCCGAGUGAUGUCAGGUUGAGACUGUCCACUUUAGAUUUAGUUUUUGUUUUAACAGUCGUGUUGGAUGAAACAGGAUUAUUGUUCUGCAGCAUUAUCGAUACACACGUUGUUGAUAUUGUGAACUCUUGUUUGAAACCAGUAAAGGGAAGUGUCUGUUGU